AUGCUACUUGUUUCUGCCUUUGUGGUGGCGGCCAUGUCUGUGCAGCGCUGCUCUUGGAUAGCAACGCAUAGUGAGCAACAACGCUGGGGUUCUGCUGGUGAUGGGAUCCGGUACAAGACGGAUUUCAAUGCAGUUGCGCUAGAGAGAACACCGGAUUACCAGCAGCUCAGCAAUGGUGAGAAGCUGGCCAAGGGUCUGUGUGCUGACCGCCUUGUUGGGUUUGCUCACAUCGAAGCAAGUGGCAUUUAUGACAGUCUUGACUUACUAUCAGCAGAGGGGGAUCGCGUGCAGCAUAAGUAUUGGAGUUCAAUUUUUGGUCCCAUGGAUUCCCGACUAUAUUUCUUCAGGGUGCUUGAUGUGGUCCGUUUGAAGGAGGCAGUCGAAAUUCCGAUCAGAAAGUGGAGCAUGAGAUCUUUCUUUGUGCAACUUUUCAAUCAUGAUCUGCGAUCACCAGAUGUCCUGCUUGGGAUCGCAAGGGGUCAGGACCGGGAUGCAGAGCUGCCAUUGUGGUUUGAAGAAUCCUGUCACUUGUGUGUCCGACUCCCUGCUUCUUUCGCGUGUAAGCUCGUAGAUAGUGUCUGGGACCGCUUCGCGCUGCCAGAUCCUGAUUUGGACACAGCAUUUCACAAGGAACGAAAACAGCUCAGGAUCAUGGGCUGGACAAAUAUUAUGGACAUGAAAGGCGAUUUUGUUUUGCCUCCAGACCAGGCCCCAGCAGUGGUUGGAGCCGCAAAUCUCACAGCUUCCAAAGCUUUAGAAGCUGCAAACACGAUUCGCUUCUUAGCUGCUAGGCUUAUGGACGCUGCGGAUGCUGAGCUUUUGCAAAGCUGUCGGGAAGCAGUGCAGAUGCUGCAAAGCUUUCAUGACGAGUUGGAUCCUGAAAACAUGCACCAUGGAAUCCUUGAACUUCGGGGUCGCACGAGCUCUAGCAAGCUUCCAUAUCAAACCAGGUUCUUGAUCCAAGCUUUGAUGUUGUGCUAUCAUCUUCGUGAUGCUUCCGACCUGAAGAAAGUCUUGAUUCGUGCAGUGGAAGUCAUUGUGCCUGAAGCACUCAAAGCUGCUGUCCUGGAGCCUUUGAAACAUGAUAGCACGUGCAGGGUCCCCAGCGCCUCAACAUUGUCAAGAGGGCGUUUCAUGACAGAUGUUUCCUACAUGUUGUGUAUGCGGCGGUUGAAUGAGGCCAGCUUGCAGCAGAACACGUGUGUGCGCUAUCUCAUGGUGGAUGCUUCUGUUCAGGGCCAUUAUGAUUUCGAACUGAUUCGAUGUCUUUCCGUGGAUACCUCGAGAGCCGAUACCUUGGUAGAUGCGUUUCAGAAGCUUUAUUUGCUCUGGAGGCCGUUGCUCGAAGAGGGUGUGCCAGUGGAUGAGCAGUUUUUUGAUCAGCGGUCAGCCACAGAGAGAGAAUUGUUUGAGGUAAUUGCACCCUUCAUGGAGGCGCACCUUUUACCAAGUGUUGUGAUUGGCAGUGGCUUUGCUCAGCUGUACCACAAAUAUCACGCAGUUGUGCACGCUGUCUGGCUUGAGACGGGGUCGUCUACUUUGCUGUCUAGAUUCUGCAACAGCAUCUUCGGGUUCACUAGUGACCAGGGGACAGAAUUUGGGCUAGCCAAAGUUCCGGUGUUGCCCGUGUCACAAGUCUUGCCGUGGAUGCCCCUCCCUGCACAAACUAUUGAGUUGCACGAUUGGGCCCCUGCCCAAGAUGUCGUUCAGCAACAUUUUUCAGCCACCAUCGAUUUCAGCAGAUCCAUUUCAGUCGCAGGUUGUUUGCACAUCGUUCACAAUUCUACGAACGACUUGUCCAAGAGUAUGGUUCAGUUCGACGAGGUAGUUUCCCAAAUCCAGGUAGUUGCAAAGCUUCUGCGGAGGCGUGACAGCAAGGAGAGGCUUCUUCAAACGUGUUUUGCUGACCCAGUGGGGCGGCACUUGCAGCCUGGCAUCCGAUCUUUCAAGGGCAAACUCCAUAAAGGAAGAUGGGGCUCACUGUCUGAUGCAGUUACACAACUGCUGCAGGUCGAAAGGAGCCUGCGCUGGGGCUGGGACGCAGCAAAGUACGGAGUGGGCAGGCAGAAUGUUGGUCAAGCCCAGUCGAAUUAUGAUGGGGUCGAUGUGGCUGCUGCAGACGCGGCCAUACUUUCACCAUUCUUCUGGGCGUAUGUGCGCACGCUGAGUACUCUGACAGACAUGGUGCAGAGUGCAAUUGCAUGGUCAGAAGGCUGUCCAUGUCAUCCAGACCAGGUGCUGCGUCAGGUGCCCAAACAUGUUCGGAGACAGUGGUCCCGCUGCCCUUUACGUGGAUGUCGGGCUCCGGAGUUGGCUGCUGGCAAUUUCCUUGCUGUGUUAAGGGCGCUCUUUGACACCAGUGCAGGCGAGUUGCUCACUACCCUUCCUCGAGAUGUUGACCUCAGGGAGAGAAGCAUUUUACUGCGCGAGUUCGAGAGGGGUCGUGCGCAUCUUCUUUUCGUGCUUUCCAUGCGCUUGGAUUUUUGGAGAUCACUUCCCUGGAGCAUAUUUGGCUGUGGUCAUCUCCGCACAGAGACUUCAAAAGAUUUUCUUCGCAGAUCUUUGGCAAUGGAACAUGAAGGCUGUAGCCUGCUAAACGAGUUGAAGUCGCCAGCGUUGGCUGCAGAGGCAACUGCUUACGUGGAAGGGGAUUCAUUGGAAGGUCGCCUGUUGCUUCAGCGAUUUUUGCUGAAACUCAUUUGUUUCCCAACAGCUGAGCGCGCUGUGGAAGGGGAUCAUGCUCAGGCCACAGUUGCAACAGUGAUGCCGCUGAUGCAAGCAAGACUGGACUCGGAUCCUAGGUUCCUUGCGCAGAUGUCAGCAUGCGCAGACGAAUGCCACAGUCCCGUGAAGGCUUUGAAGGCUUUGGGUUUGGAGCACCAUCCGUCCACAGCUCUCAUAACAGGAUACAGGGACCCCUUGCGUGCUAAGAUCGUUUAUCAUGCCGAUCCUGUGACCCUGUACCGAGUGGCCCCACUAUGGACUGACUUGUCUCCUCCCCAACCACCUCAACAACAUAUGCUGAUUGAUCAAGAGUCGAACCCACACGUGUUGGAAAAUGCUCCAUCGGGGACCAAGCCAGCAGACAGUUCUAAAGGUCCUUCUGGCGAUUCUGGGGGUUCCGGCUCCGGCAGCGCAGGUGCUGCGCAUGAGGUGCAGGCUGUGCAAGUGCAAGAUGCCUCAAGACCCGACUUGCAGGAUGAAGGGCUAGGCAGGAUCCUUGCUGCCAUGGAAGAAUCUAGCGAGACCCCAGACUAUAGUGGGCCCUUAGCAGAUGUUCUCAAAGCCUACAUCAUUCGUUCUGCAGCCACAUUGAUUGAGCAACGUGAGUCGGAAGCAGAUUACAAUUCGAAGUUUCCGCCCAUCUUUUCAUUGCGUUUGUCAGAGGGAGGUGUGAACGCUUUGGGUCUGGCAUCGGCAUCAACUUCGCCAUCCAGCUCCAGCCUGAAUCUUCAGGUUGCAAACUUAUGCGUGGCAAAGUCAUGGGUCUUUUUCGAACUAAUUCGCAAGGGUGUUGGGAGUAUAGUGACACCCAUCAGACAGAAGUUCAAGCGCUCGGAUUGGGCUGUCGGUGUUCUGCGGGUGAAGAAGGUUGACAGGGAGGCCAAGGAAGUUCACGUGAACCCCUCCCCAGUUCAUCUCAGUAGCUGCUUUCCAUCAGUGCCAGAGUGUGAGCUCGCAAACUUGGUUCUAUCGUUGGAAUCGCUUUCAGUUGAGGAGCUUUUGUCUUUGCACAGUUGGGGUGUGAAGCCCGACAUGGCGCUUGAUUUCCAGUUGCCUGAUUCUGUGCCAAACGAUGACACUGCCAAGCAGAGUCUCCUAACUGACUUAAAGGCCCCUGGCGGUUUCCACUUGCAUGGUGCUGAUGCGCACUAUGACUUCAAGUCCUCUGCGUUGGAGGCCCUGGAUGCAAGUGAUCUUGUGAUGCUUGAUCACGAAGGCGCCUGGCAGCUCACUGAAGCGGGCAAGGGCCGAGUUGAAGUGAGUUCUGUGCUCACCAAUGCCAACAAACUGGUCAUGGUUCGUUCUGAUGUUGCUUAUAAAGACAUGGAGGUCGUGGAGCUUAUGCUUGCUCUUCACCAGCAGGGCUGGCGACAAGAGACAGUCGCUCGCAAGCAUCUGCCAUGCGAGAAAUAUGUUCCUGGCUCUGAGAAAGUGUGGUUCCACGAAGCAGGCAAAGAAAGCCUGUCCAAGGACUAUCUUGUUCUGCUACUGACAGCCGAUGCAAAUGGUGUGGAAGUCCCGCACCUGAGUCCUGGUCAUGUGUACAAGACAUUGUUGGGGUAUGAAAGUUCCAGCAAAGCAUCAGGCGCUGCAAGGGCUCUUGGAAAACUGGUUUUCAUGGCUGAGGAAAACUUGUUCGUAGAUGAAGGUUUGCUUGUCCAGCAACGCAAGAAGAGAAGAACAGCAGCUUUGUCUUCCAGGGCCGCAUUGCCAGCUUUGACAUUUGGCCAUGAUGAUUUCCUCAAUCCAGAGGCGGGGGAGAAUGGCGGGGAUCAUGCGAAUCCAGAGCUCGACGAGGAGCUGCUUGCGCUUGCAGAGGAAGAGGCUGCCCACGCUGAUGAAGCUCAGCAAGCCUCUUGCUCAUCAUCCUCGUCCUCAUCCUCAAGCAGCAGCUCAAGUUCGUCUGGGGACAGCGAAGACGAAGACAGCAGCUCAUCAUCAUCAUCAACUUCGAGUUCUGCAGCCGCAACUCCCAAAGCAAAGGCCAAAGCCAAGGCCAAGAGUGAGCGACGCAAACGAAAUCCAUUGGCUUCAGAGCCUUGGGGCAGCUGCAGAAUAACACCGACCAAAACUGGCUUCCAGAUGACAUGCUCUAAUGCAGCACAUCAUUCUGGCACAGCUGCAUGUACGAAGACAAGAUCGAACGGUCGCUGCAAUGCCGAAACAACUUUGAGGCUGCUGAAAGCAUGGGCGGUCUGGGGGCUCGAUGCUCCUUCGAAGGAACACCAUCAGAAGCAGACAUGGAAAGAUGUUUUGAAGGCUUGGGAAGAGAAUAGGCUUCCCAGCCUGCGUGAGCUAGAUGCCAGUCGUCCAGGUGCCUAA